CGAUUCCAUUUCUCAAUAUCGGCGGAAAAAAGAAUUUAAUUCGUGCUUAUUUCUUAUUAAUUUGGUAGCUAAACCGUUGCGAAAAUGCCGUACGCCAAUCAGCCAUCGGUGAAUAUUACAGAGCUAACAGAUGAAAAUGUGAAAUUUGUUGUAGAAGAUACAGAAUUAAGCGUCGCCAACAGCUUGCGGCGGGUUUUUAUUGCCGAAACUCCAACGUUGGCAAUCGAUUGGGUUCAGCUCGAGUCGAAUACCACUGUACUGGCGGACGAGUUCCUUGCUCAUCGCGUCGGAUUGAUUCCGCUCAUUUCAGACGAAGUUGUGGAACGGAUGCAGUACAGUAGGGAUUGUACUUGCCUAGACUUUUGCACCGAAUGCAGCGUCGAGUUUGUUCUCGAUGUUAAGUGUAACGAAGAGCACACCAGACACGUAACGACCGCAGAUUUAAAGUCGAGCGACCCACGAGUGCUUCCAGUCACCUCACGCCACCGUGACGAUGAAGACAACGAGUACGGCGAAGGAACAGAUGAAAUUUUGAUCAUUAAACUGCGUAAAGGACAGGACUUAAAGCUGCGAGCCUACGCAAAGAAAGGUUUCGGAAAAGAACACGCCAAAUGGAAUCCCACCUGUGGUGUUUGUUUCGAGUACGAUCCGGACAAUUCGAUGCGUCAUACAUUGUUCCCGAAACCGGACGAGUGGCCAAAAUCCGAACACACCGAACUGGACGACGACAAGUACGAAGCGGAGUUCAACUGGGAAGCAAAACCAAACAAAUUCUUUUUCAAUGUGGAAUCUUCCGGAGCGCUCAAACCGGAAAACAUUGUGCUGAUGGGUGUUCAGGUGUUGAAAAACAAACUGUCCAAUCUUCAGACCCAGCUUAGCCACGAGACGCAAACGGAUGCACUUGCAAUCUAAAGCUUCAAUAAACUAUAACAACUCAUUGCAAAUAGUUACUAUUCCGGAAGAAUCGACAAAUUAUACUUUUGAUUUUUGAAA